GUUUGAUCAUAUGGCUUCAUGUUUCGUUAAUGAGUCGCUCUCUUCCGGGUUCCCCACCGCUGCGUUUUGUUGUUAGCUCACUGUUGAGUUAAAGCCUCCAGCUUCCUGUCUUCUUUGUGCCUGCGGUGUCUGUUAACGUGCUCAAAUAUCCACACAGUUCAUGUUUACUACUGCUUAUAUGAACGAACGCGGCAGGUCAGUAAAUGUUCAUCCAUUCAAACAAGUCAACAGUUAAGAUGGAGGAAAACCAGUUCACAUCAUUGACGGUUCCCUCGGAUUAUUUUCAGCAGUGGUACCAGUCCAGCCAGCAGCACCCUGAGGCGCAACAUGUGAUGCCUUAUCACAACAUGGGCUAUCACACAGAAGGUCCCAGAGAUGAGCUGGUCAUGGCUGAGCUAUCUGUCCAUCGGGAGCAGCCUCUUUACCAGGAACCUUUUUACCAGAACUACCCUGCAGCCCCAAAUCACUACCAGGAGCAGAUGUACAAUGUCAGGGAGCAGCAGCAACAUGUCGGCGUCCAGCAUCACUCUCAGCAUCAUCAUGUAAUACAGCAGCAGGAGCAGCAGAGUGUCCAGCACCAGCCUCAGCCUGCUGGGCCGCCUCAAGUUGUGACACCAGUGAAGAAAAAGAGAGGCCGGCCUCCAAAACAGCAGGCGGAGGACGGCGAGGUACAGGAGGAGGAGGAUGAGGCCGAAGCAGCCAAGAAGGCCAAGAGGGCUCUCAACCGCUUCAACGGCAUGUCAGUGGCUGAGGUUAUGGCCAAAACCCUGCCAGACGUUAUUACCUACAAUCUUGACAUUUUGAUAAUUGGAAUUAACCCAGGACUUAUGUCAGCCUACAAAGGACACCAUUACCCAAACCCAGGAAACCAUUUCUGGAAAUGUCUGUUUCUCUCUGGUCUAACUGACCAGCAGCUCAACUACAUGCAUGAUGAGAGCCUGCCGGAGAAAUACAGCAUCGGCUUCACCAACAUGGUGGAGAGGACCACGCCUGGCAGCAAGGACCUCUCCAGUAAGGAGAUUCGUGAAGGAGGUCGACAGUUACUUGAGAAGUUGCAGAAAUACAAACCAUUAAUAGCAGCUUUUAAUGGCAAAGGUAUUUAUGAAAUCUUUUGCAAAGAAACCUUUGGCGUAAAGGCAAAGAAUCUAGAGUUUGGUCUGCAGCCCUACAAAAUACCAGAAACUGAAACAGUGUGCUACUUGAUGCCCUCAUCAAGCCCUCGCUGUGCUCAGUUUCCCCGAGCGCAGGAUAAAGUGCAUUUCUACAUCAAGCUGAAGGAGCUGAGAGACCAGAUGAGAGGUUUUGUACCCAGUCGAGAGGUGACGGAGACCGAGUACUCCUUCGAUCUGCUGCUAGCUAAAGAGGAUGCAAAGAAGAUGGCAAUCAAAGAAGAGCAGGUGGAUCCAGAGUAUGAAAGCUGUAGUGCUCAACAUGACGACGUGAGGCAAAGCAGCACUGUCUCCAACUAAAACAGGCCGAGGAGAGGAGAAACACUGGCCUCUUUCCCGUAGCACACAGAAUCACUACAGCUGGAGAUGAUCCCCCAACAGAUACCAGCCGCAUUGCUCCCUGUGAUGCAUCAGUAAGAAUAAGAAGCCCUCUGAUGACACCACAAGAGGAUUCCCACUGUUUCUGAGGCAUUGCAAUGUGACGCACAAUAAAGUGCACAAACAGUUCCAUUUUCUUACUCCCAAGAAGACUGUGCAUGUUUUUGGUGUUUUUUAAAAUCACUAUUUAUUGCAUUUUUAAGGUGUGUGUCCCGUGACUUAUUUUUGUAUUUUGAAAGAAUGACAUUUUAUGAUUUAUCAGCUGUAAAAAUAGGUACUUGUACUCAAGAAUUUCUAAUCUGUUAUUACAGAGUUAUUAAAUCUCUUCUAACGCUG